CUUACGGUCUUAUAGUCACUUUUACUAGUAACCGAUGGCAGCAGAGUAUUACGUCACUGCUUUUCGAGACUUCCAGGACAUUGGCUUGGCGGAGGCUGCUGACCAAGUUUUGAAAGAGGGUCUGUGUGCUUUUCCGACACAUCAUGAAUUGCUGUCGCUUGCAAAAUCUAGAGGCAUUCAGGCUGCACAAUCUGCACAUGAAGUGAACGAUUUCAAGACACAAAGAUACACAGGAAUCACAGGAUCCACAGAUGCUGGGAAGCAACUGGACUCUGGUUACAUCGCAAGUGCAGAUCUCAGCCAGCUCCUUGCUGGCAUGAUGCAGACACAGGCACCAAGCAUCAAGGCUCAACAUGUUCGACGCGUUCCUGAACCAGAACGACUUGACGCAACGAUCUCAGAAUUCUCAGAAGUCAUUGCUGGAGAUUUCGAAAUGGAAGGUGCUGAUUUUUGGCAUGAACUUCAGAAAAUGGAUCUAAAGAACAUCUUACUCAAGCACGGAGGACUGAUCCGAGUGUCAGACAUUUUUCCAGGAGACGUCGCACAGCAGGGUUUAGAAAUUCUCAAAAAACUGCACAACUCAGAUUGGUCUGAGUCAAACUCCGCAGCAUAUCAAGAUGAAGGAGAAUUUGGUGACAAGAGUGCCAAGCACAAGUUCUCCCGAUAUGACGGAGACAGUUUGGACGACAUUGUUGGCCGGAUUCAAUCUAUGGCUCCGGAUCUCUUCCCAAGUUUUCAGGCAGCCAAGUAUGAAAGUGGUGGCAAUUUGUCUGCACACGAUGAUAGUAACUACUUCCUUAUUGCAAAGAACGACAAGAACCGAAGUUCGAGAUAUCCAGCCGGGAGCCUUUUGUUUCGGAAGAUUGCCGUGAUUUACUACCUUACAAAAGACUGGAAAGAAGAUUACGGAGGCUCUUUGAUGGAUUUGCACAGGAGCAAAGAUAGGAAUGUCAACUCUUCAGAGGAGAAAGACACAAAAGACACAACUUCAGUUCAUCUUGCUCCUCGAUUCAAUUCAAUGGUUGCAUUCCUGGUUCCUCGACUUCAUCAAGUGCAGGAGUUGGCGGCAGGUGCUCCACCGCGGUUCUCAGUGUUUGGAUGGUUCAGUGAUGACAGGCCUUAUCCUCCUCUAGAUGACCUGGCAAAAAUGCCUUGGCUGUCCACCUUGGAGGCUUAAUUUUUGAAGCUGAAAAUCAAACAGGCGCUACGGCGCUACGCGGUGCUACGCAGUACGCACACUUCGGGUGUGC